AUGGGCAGGCCUAAGAGAAAGCUUCCUGAAACUGUUGACUUGACCGGCGACGACGAUUCCAAUGAAUCUUCUAGAUCGAAACUCACCAAGCAAGAUUCAUCUUUCUCUUCUUGUCAGUCUUCCAGCCAACCCAGAUAUCCUGAAGCUCGCCCAAACCCAGGCUACAGCAGCUAUGCGCCAGUCGACGCUCCAUCAACACAGCAGCACAGCAAGGAAGAACGUGGAAGUUGGUUAGGUUCCAGCCAAGAAGAGGAGGCCGACAUCGCCAGAGAGAUCGACCUCACCGAGGAUUUCGACGAUGAUGUCUACGAAAAUUAUCGACUUUACGGUAUCCUCCAUACGAAGAUUGUCGGCUGCCGAUUUUACGAUGGCCAGGCCACGGUUGGCGAGUAUGUCAGAGUGCGACGUGAACCGGGCAAUCCAUAUGACAGCAAUGCCAUUCGAAUCGACAACGUGGUCCGUGACCAGAUUGGUCAUAUCGGUCGGAACGUCGCAGCCAAAUUAGCACCGCUGAUGGAUUCAGGUUCACUGCUCGUAGAAGGUGCCUUGACGGGAUCAAAGUCAUAUUAUGAAUGUCCCAUUGGAUUGAAGUUGUUCGGUACCAGCGAUCUUGUUGCAGGCGCUGCUCUUUGCAGCCAGAUGCAAGAGAUGAAUCUGCCAGUGGCUGAGUACAAACGGGCCGAAAAAGAGAGAAAGAAACGCAUGCACGAGUUGGAGAAGCAACACAAAGCCAGAGAGAAAGCAGCCGCUGCCAUGAUGAAGAAGGGCAACGUUGUAUUCGAUCAUGAGGGUCCUAACAAAUACAGCAACUUGGGUAUGGCGCAGUGUUUGGGAAGCCCGCCGGAAGAAAGUAUGGAUCAGCUUCUCGGCGGAACGGCUACUUUCAAUCCUCGCGAUGUCCAAGAUGUCGUCAGCAAGCUUGGGGCAGGAGAAGAGAUUCUGGCAAAGAUGCCCAUGGCAGACCAGCCUGCAGAGCUCGCCACUAUCCUGUUGCCUCACCAGAGACAAGGGCUUAAAUGGAUGCUCGAUCACGAGUCUCCUAACUUGCCCAAGGACCGUGAUGAUGUGAUCCAGAUGUGGAAGAAGGAAGGUGGUUUCUACACCAACAUAGUGACCCAUUUCUCUUUCAAGCAGGCUCCAGAGCUCGCCAGUGGUGGUCUUCUUGCCGAUGAUAUGGGACUUGGCAAAACCAUUCAGAUUCUCUCCCUCAUCAUGGCAGACCCACACAAAGAUGGCCAGCCAACUCUUAUUAUUGCGCCACUUUCCGUCAUGAGCAAUUGGAACAAUCAAGCGGCAUUCCAUGUCAAGAAGAAAUAUGCGCCACGGACCUUGACGUACCACGGUCAAGGAAACAAGGAUAUGUCACCGGAGCAGUUGAGAGCGUAUGACAUCGUGAUCACGACUUACCAGACAAUGACCCAAGAGCUCUAUCCUUAUGGCAAAGCAACUCCUCGGCCAACGCCGGCAUCCAAAGGGUUGUUUUCUGUAACCUGGCGUCGAAUUGUGUUAGAUGAAGGUCACCAGAUCCGGAACCCCAAGGCCAAAAUGUCACAAGCCGCAUGCGCACUGGUGGCAAAAUCUCGCUGGAUCCUGACAGGGACACCUAUCGUCAACAGUCUCAAAGAUCUGUAUUCGCAUGUCAGAUUUUUGCGCCUCUCGGGCGGAUUGGCGGAGUUUGAAAUAUUCAAUUCCACCCUGAUUCGGCCCCUCAAGAAUGGUGAGCAUGGGGCUCGGUUGCUCCUCCAAGCUCUCAUGUCAAGUCUUUGUCUGCGGCGGAUGAAGGAUAUGAAGUUCGUCGACCUAAAGCUUCCGGAAAUAUCCUUCCACAAGUACCCGAUCAAGUUCUUGCCGCAUGAACAGGAAAGAUAUGAUGCCUUCAAGAGCGAGGCCAAGGGAUUGGUCGAAGCUGCAAAGGCGAAGAAGGAAGGGAAAACCAUGACUUACCUCCUCGAAGUGCUUCUCCGACUCCGUCAGACUUGCAACCACUGGAAGAUGUGCGGCGAUGAGAGAGUGAGGAAAUUGUUGGAGCUGAUCGAUGCCAAUUCUGUCGUGGAUGUGAUGAAUCCAGCGAAUCGAAAAGCCUUGCAGGACAUGCUGCAACUCCAGAUCGACUCUCAGGAAGACUGCUGUGUGUGCUUGGAUUCCUUGAAGACCCCCGUGAUCACGGCUUGUGCGCAUACUUUCUGUCGAGACUGCAUUGAGAAAGUGAUUGAGACCCAGCACAAGUGUCCCAUGUGCCGAGCCGAACUUGCAGACAAUGGUCAGCUCGUGGAACCGGCAGCAGGAUUUGGCGAAGGCGAUGAACCUAUCGUGGAUAUUGACCCGGAGACGACGAGCACUAAAAUCGAGGCUCUGGUCAAAGUGCUCAAAGCAUCCGAAGCGGAUCCGAAUGUGAAAACCGUCGUCUUCUCACAAUGGACCUCGUUCCUGGAUUUGGUGCAAACUCAACUUCUUCGACACGGACUGAACUUUACCCGGUUGGAUGGCAAGAUGAAUUCCACACGUCGAGACACCGCGAUCGAAUCUCUCAACACAGACCCCUCGUGCAAAAUCAUGCUGGCUUCGCUCUCUGUCUGCUCCGUUGGGCUCAACCUAGUCGCGGCGAAUCAAGUGAUUCUUGCUGAUUCCUGGUGGGCGCCGGCAAUCGAAGAUCAAGCAGUUGAUCGCGUGCAUCGACUUGGACAGACUCGCAAUUGCAAAGUGGUGCGGUUGGUGGUGGAAGGCACGAUCGAAGAUGAAGUUCUCGAGAUUCAAGCCAAGAAGAGAAAACUAGCUAGUGAGGCAUUUGGCGAGAAAGAUGGAGGUAAGCAGCGGAAGGAGAUGCGUGCAAAUACUUUGAGAGACAUUGAGAGACUACUGGGCUAA